ACCUCCUGCACCAAUGUCGUCGCCGAUUGCACCUGCCCAGCGCCUGGUGUGGCUGCUCCUGCUGCUGUUCUUCGGAUCAGCUGCAGCCCUCAACAACUUCAAUGCCGUGAUCCGCCCCCGCCAAAAGCUGUGCUUCAUCGAGUUUCUCAAGCCGCAGGAGCGCUUCGAUGUCUCCUUCCAGGUCCACGACACCGGAAGCGGCAACCGAGACCUCGACUUUUGGAUCACCUCGCCCAACACUCGGAGCAUCAUCACACAAGUCAAGGGCGAGUCGUCGUACUACCACGGCUUCUACGCCUCCGAGGAAGGCAACUACGAGUACUGCUUCAGCAACCAGCUAUCGGGAUACAACGACAGGAGCAUAUCCUUCGUCAUCCAUGGCCCUGCGGAGCAGCGCAAGCUCGAGGAGGUUGCCCAGACCCAAAGCUCGCAGCGGGAAGAUGUCCAAGCCCUGGCCAACGAGGUUGCCAACCUGGCGAACGAGAUCCAGUUCAUCCGCGAUGCCCAGGGCUACAUUGCUCCACAGCUCCAGGACCACAAACGGGUCUCGGAGCACACCAACUCUCGCGUGCUGUGGUGGUCGGUUCUUCAGGCCAUCGGCCUGAUCCUCGUUACUGCCUUCCAAGUAUUCUUCUUCCAGCGCAUGUUUGACCAUCGUCGACUCAUCUGAACCCCAUAGCUCGCUGCUGGUCGAGUCGUCUGCCUCUGCCUGCUGGGUGCGCGAUGGCACCGCUGCUACUUGGAGACGACCCUCCUCGGCACAGUCACAAACGAUGCGAUGCUUGGACAAUACCUGCCCGGCCGGCUUGGAGGACACGUUCUAUGAUACUACGAGCCGGUUCAUAAAAUACACAUCACUCAUGUCCGCUGA